AGGAGCGCAGUGCGCAGGCGCAGAAGGAACCAAAAUGCGGAAGCAGAGGGUCCUCGUCCUGUCAGCUCCGGGAAAAGUCAUUCUGCACGGAGAACACGCCGUCGUCCAUGGAAAAUUGGCUCUGGCUGCCUCCCUGGACCUGCGGACCUUCCUCCGCUUGACUCUUGAUGAAGAAGAAGAAGAAGACGGGAAAGAAGGACAAGACCACAACGUUCAGCUCCUCCUGCCCAACCUUGGGCUGAGGUUCUGCUGGGAGACAACCCACCUCCACCCAUUGCUUCUCUCCAAAUUCAGAAGCCAGGCUCCCAGUACAGACCAGUUGGAGGCCAUCAAGGCCUUCCUGCUCCUCCACCCCGGAGACCAAGACCAAGGAGACCGAGACCGGGGAGACCGGGGUUCCCCGUGCGUGGCCGCCACCGCCUUCCUCUUCCUCUACCUCUCCAUCGCCGCCCAAGCAGACCCCCAACGUCCCCGUCUCCUGGAGGUGGUCCUGUGGUCGGAGCUCCCCGCGGGGUCCGGUCUGGGCUCCAGCGCCGCCUUCUGCGCCUGCAUUUCGGCCGCCUUGCUCUCCACCUUCGGACUCAUUCCCUUCCCUUCUUCCCUGGACAACGGAGACAGGUGGACGGAGGGCGAGCUGGAGACGGUCAACAGUUGGGCCUUCCGGGGUGAAGAGGUCAUCCAUGGAAACCCUUCCGGAGUGGACAAUGCCGUCAGCACCUGGGGCGGAGCUUUGCGGUACCAGUCAGGGAAGAUCUCCCCAUUGAAAAAGUUCCCGUCGUUGCGUAUUUUGCUGACAAACACCAAAGUCCCGCGAAGCACCAAAGUCCUUGUUGCCGGUGUUAAAAACAAGCUCUUAAAGUUCCCUUCGAUCCUGGACCCGGUCCUGGUGUCAAUCAAUGCCAUUUCGGAAGAAUGCGAGAAGACUCUGGCGUUGAUGGACGAGGCCAAAACGCCCUCCAAGGAACAUUUUGACAUAUUAGAGGACUUGAUUGACAUGAACCAGGGCCACCUGAAUGCGCUGGGCGUGGGCCACUCUACCCUGGACGCGGUGUGUCGGGUGACCGCUGGCCUCGGACUCCACUCCAAACUGACCGGCGCCGGAGGAGGAGGAUGCGCACUCACUCUCCUCCCACCAGACGUGGAUCCGGAGAGGGUUUCCUCGGCCACGGCCGGCCUUUCCGGCCUCGGGUUCGAGUGCUUUGAGACCACGUUGGGGGGACCCGGCCUCACUUCGCACCCCAUUUCUUCCUUGAAACCAAAUGUUUUGCAGGCUUUUAAUGAGGCCUAAAAAUCCUCCUUUUCCUCCUCUUUCCAACGAUACCACUUUCAAGGGGUUUUGCAUCCGAUUUAUUAUUAAAAUAUUGAUUUUA